ACAUUCAGCUGUCUGCUGCACGUUUCGCACCGUAAGCGCCGCCAUGUCCCUCGGAAAAGCUGUCCGGAGUUUGGUGAAACCAGUCCGGGGGGUCCUGCAGCCCUCGGCCUCGGCUUCGAAGCGGACUUAUGCCGCUGUCGCCGAAGCCAGAGCGGUGCUGGAGAACGAGCUCGACUCUAUCCGAGCCGCGGGGACGUGGAAGGCGGAGAGGAUCAUCACGUCCAAGCAGGGUCCUCAAAUCAACGUGGACGGCAGUCGUGGCAGCAUAUUGAAUUUCUGUGCCAACAACUACCUUGGACUGUCCAGUCAUCCAGAGGUGGUGCAGGCUGGGAUCGAUGCUCUCAAGACGUAUGGUGCUGGACUGAGCUCUGUCAGAUUCAUCUGUGGGACACAGGAUCUACACAAAAAUCUGGAGCAGAAGCUUGCCGAGUUUCAUGAGAGGGAAGACUGCAUCCUCUAUGCUAGCUGCUUUGAUGCUAAUGCUGGGCUGUUUGAGGUUCUGCUGGGUCCAGACGACGCAGUGUUGUCCGACGAGCUAAACCACGCCUCCAUCAUCGACGGGAUCCGUCUGUGUCGAGCAAAGAGGCUGCGUUACAAACACAUGGACCUCAGUGAUCUGGAGAACAAGCUCAAAGAGUCGCAGUCCUCUCGUAUGCGCCUGGUAGUAACGGAUGGCGUCUUCUCCAUGGACGGAGACGUGGCUCCCUUACAAGGAAUCUGUGACCUGGCUGAACGGUAUGGAGCCAUGGUGUUUAUAGACGAAUGCCACGCCACCGGCUUUCUGGGGCCCCGGGGCAGGGGAACAGACGAGCUCCUGGGAGUGAUGGACAGAGUUCACAUUGUAAACUCCACCCUGGGGAAAGCACUGGGAGGAGCGGCUGGUGGCUACACAGUUGGCCCUAAGCCUCUCAUUGACCUGCUGAGGCAGCGUUCACGGCCGUACCUGUUCUCCAACUCCCUCCCGCCUCCUGUGGUGGGCUGCGCCACCCGGGCUGUGGAGCUGCUGCUCGCCUCCAAUGAGAUUGCACAGAGCAUGACGGCAAAAACCAUGAGGUUCAGGAACAAGAUGACGCAGGCUGGUUUCACCAUUGCGGGCUCAGCUCACCCCAUCUGUCCUGUGAUGCUCGGCGACGCACGACUGGCCUCUCUGAUGGCCGACGAUAUGCUGAAGCUAGGAGUGUAUGUGAUUGGAUUCUCUUACCCAGUCGUACCAAAGGGCAAAGCCAGAAUCCGUGUUCAGAUUUCCGCAGCUCACAUGGACGAAGACAUCGACCGAUGUGUUGACGCUUUCAUCCAGACAGGCAGAAAGCACGGAGUCGUCUCCUGAGCAGGACAAAUGAACAAAGAAUCAGCAGAAUUACUGAAGAACCUUGAACCGCUUGCCUAUUGCAGAUCUUGCUGCCUGUUACUCAAGACCUAUGAAUGAUUUUGAUGGAUAUAUUAGUUACGUUUGUAGGUCAGCGGAGUUUAAUGUUAUUUUUGUCUGCUUAGUUGAAUAAAGCACUUUUGCUAACAUG